AUGCCGUCAUGUCUUACAUUCAUCGAUUUGAAUGAAGGCUUUGAUACCGUUGAGAAAGAAGCGGUAAUGGAAGCUCUGGGCAACCAGGGUGUUCCUACUCAAUAUGUGAGGAUGCUUCAGGUCAUCAUCAUCGUGAAGAGAGGGGCUCGUACUAUUCCGUCCAAAGUUUUCAAUGCCGCUCUCGAGAACGUCAUGCGUCAUAUGGGAUGGGAAAGCAUGGGAGUGAAGGUCGACGGCCGCUGCAUACAUAAUCUCCGCUUUGCAGAUGACAUCGUGCUCAUAACACCGAACAUCGAGCAGGCGGAACGAAUGCUGGCCGAGUUUGAUAGUGCUUGUGGAAAGAUCGGCUUGAGACUGAACUUAACGAAGACGAUGUUCAUGCGAAACGGAUUGGUACCUGAUGCUCCUUUCAUGCUGAACGGAACGAAUAUCUCCGAAUGCUCCAGCUAUGUGUAUCUUGGUCGAGAAGUCAACAUGAUGAACGACCUAGCUCCGGAGCUGAGCAGACGGAAACGCGCGGCGUGGGGAGCAUUUAAGAACAUCGAGCAGGCGGAACGAAUGCUGGCCGAGUUUGAUAGUGCUUGUGGAAAGAUCGGCUUGAGACUGAACUUAACGAAGACGAUGUUCAUGCGAAACGGAUUGGUACCUGAUGCUCCUUUCAUGCUGAACGGAACGAAUAUCUCCGAAUGCUCCAGCUAUGUGUAUCUUGGUCGAGAAGUCAACAUGAUGAACGACCUAGCUCCGGAGCUGAGCAGACGGAAACGCGCGGCGUGGGGAGCAUUUAAGAACAUCGAGAGAGUAGUAAAGAAAACUAAGAACAUCCGGCUCCGCGUUCACCUUUUCGAUACUGCUUCCUUCCUGCUUUGA